UUGACCGUUUGAGCGAAUCAGAUUUGGCGGUGAGGGACGCUGAGGGAUUUCGCGGCUGAGGGGAUCCGGUUCCCAAUUCCUCACUCUGCCUGUGGCUUUCUCGCCUUCGUCUCGACCAUUUCGUUACCUGUAGGAAAUCCUUCUUCCUGAUCAAUUCGAGAAAUUACUGGUGGCUGGGUUCUAUAACUUCGUUUCCCCCUUCUUCUUCUUCUUCUUCUUCUUCGCUAUGGCUUACGUACCUCCGCACAAGCGCCACAAUAAGGACAAGGACAAGGAUGCCCAAUUACCGUCACCCCAGCUGCUCCCUCCUCACUUAAAGAAAAAUCCGAGUUUAAAUCCUCAGAACUCUUAUGCUACGAGAAGCGGGAAGAUUAUAUACGCAGAGAAGGCCAUAUCUAGAUGGUUUGCGGUAGGCCUGGAUGAUAACAGCCAGCUUCCCCCUUCUGUUCAACUUCGCCCCGUUUCGUUGGAAUCCAUUGAGCGCAAAAUUGGAGAAAAACCCCUUGUUUUAGUACAAAGUUGUCAGCUCACUGGAGACUCGGCAGUUACAUGCACGAGAAGCCCUGCGGAAAUCAUUGCGGAAAAUGUGCUUCAGGAUCUACUUUCUUCUUUUGAAAAUGUGAGAAGUCAGAUGCAGGUCCCACCUUCUGAAGAAGUUAAGCCAACAUUAGUGGCCAGAUUUGGCAAGGUUCUCUUCCAUGGGAGACCUUUCGCUGCGCAAGAAGCAAUGCAAAAAGGUUUUGCUGCUGGGAUUAAAUUGGGACAUUUAAAAAGAUCAUUUUACACAAAUAUUCCUACUUUGUACAUGGAAAAACUUACCAGUGAAGACUCACCAAAGAUUGGAUUUGAUUUUGAAGAGGAGAAAGAUGUGUUCCAUGUGAAGUUGUCUGAUGCCAACCGACCAGAUGCAACUAUUUCUUGCAAGUGCCGCGUAAUAGAAGAACACAAAAGGCUUCAAAUGUAUAAGAUUGAAUUGAAUCAAGUACGCCACAUGGUUACUGAUGUAUCGUCUCUUAGUAAGAAUCUUGAUUUGAGGCUAAUGUUGUGCUCCAAAAGAAUUCUUACUGCUUUGAGAGAUGAUGAAAUGCAAUGCAUUCAAGACCUGAUUCAUUCUGCCAUUCUAGAUCCAAAUGUGAAGGGCGGAUUAAGAUGGACCCUAGGGAAAACAUCUUCCGGAGAUAGAUUUUCUGUGGUUGGGGUCUGGCACACUAUAACUAAAGCUUACAGAACUCCAUCGCUAAGGCUGAAGGUGAGACAUGCUGAUCGAUUUGAUUUUCGGAUAUCAACUGGUGAAACUGCUUCUGAAGCUUACUUAAAGCUGAAAGGAAUUGUCUCGGAAUCACAGGUGGAAAAAGUUGAUAUCAGUUUGAUCUCAAAGAUGCUUGAACAGGAGCUAAGACUGAUAUGGGAUCACUUUCUAAACUGUGUACAUUACUUGGGAUGACGGCUGGUUUUGAAUUCAAUUGGACCAGGAUCUCCCUCAAUUUCUCAAGUGAGGAGAUAAAUAUGGAGUCCACCUUUUAAUUGUGAUAAGCUCUACACAUGUAAUUGGUAUCAAUUGCUUUCACCCUCCUGACUUGAUGCAAACUAAUAUUCCAGCGUGGUAUUAUCAGUCGAAAGUAGUUUAUAUUCUGCAGUGAUUA